AUGGCAGGCAUCCUCCCGAGCACGCCGGAAGCAGCCCGGGCUGAGAUCGAGCGACUGCUCGCCAAUGUUCCUGGCCUCGAUCUCUCCAUACACCAAGAGCUGUUGGCAAGCGACGGACUCUCGCAGAUCGUGCACAUGACGAAUGGCAACUGGACAGAGGUGCGCGUGCAUGGGAGACUAAAUGGUUUCCCCGCAUCAGCCUUCCUCCUGGCGCUGGAGGACGAGGAGCUCGCAAGGCAUCUUCUCAUGCGGGCUGUUGAGGCUGUAGCCGAGCAAGCCCGGACGCCAGGUGAGAGGCGCGUGGAUGCCUUAGUUGAGGCGGCUGAAAGAGGGGACGAGGAUCAAGUCCGUUUCUUGCUAAUGUCGGAGGUUGACGAGGCCGGCGAGUACCCUGGCGUACCGCCAGAUGCAGCCAGCAGGCUCUACGGAGGCACACCGCUGUCUUGCGCGUGCUGUCUCGGCCACACUGGUGUCGUGCAACUCCUUUUGGACUAUGGCGCGAGCGUCACCCUGCGCCCUCCGCCGCGCGGACCGCUCUUUGGUUCGUGGCUUCCUCUCAUGAUUGCAACUCAGCACGUGCCUGAAAUCGCUGCAGCGAUAUGCCCGCUCGCCUACGCCGCCGCACUGGUAGACCGUCCCCGUCCCGACGACCCGCGGGACGGGCAGUGGCCAAUGCCCAUGGAGGUGCUUCGCCUCUUCAAGCAGACCCGCCGCUCCAGGUUGUGGGCGCGCUUGCGGCGCAUCGCUCCUCGGGUGGGCUGGUGGCGCCGCGCUUUGAUGCGGCUGUUUGAGGACGGAAUAGAGGUGCACUAUCGACCCGGACACGAGGGCGCGAGGCGCUGCCAGUUGGAAUUCGAAGAUGCAGCCGCGAUCGUUCGGUGA